GGAAGGAGUAGCACCGGCGCGUCGCGGUUAUGCGGACAGUCAGUCGACGCCCGCUGCUCGCUGAAGAGGUACCGUUGGCGGAGCGCGCCAGUUCCGACAGUGUCGUUGACGGGAGAGGAACGUCCGACUCAUCGUCGUAUGGCGGAUUAUGAGCUCCGUGAAAAGUGUUAUUAUCACCCUGCCUAAGGGACUGCCGAAGGCGCUCCCGGCGAACGAGCUGACACGCAACGCGCUAUCCAAGCUGAGCUUCACCACGUCCAUUCUGGCGGACAAGGCGAGGAUGGAGGUCAGGAAGGUGACGUCCGUCCGGCAGCAGGAGGAAUCACAUGACGGUGAUGUCACGGUGAUCAUGAAGCCGUCCGAGACGUGCGUGCGUGGCAAAAAACGUCGGUUGGAUCAUCUCACCUGGGAGGAGAAGUUACAGCGGAAGAAGCUGAAGAAUCGAGUGGCGGCACAAACGUCGCGGGACCGGAAAAAGGCGAAAUUAGACGAGCUGGAGGACACUGUGAGGACGCUAAAGGAGAGGAACGAGCUGCUUACGCAGGAGUGUGCGAUGCUCAAGGUGCAAAACGAUACGUUGUUGACCGAGACGAAGAGGCUGAGGAAAGAGAGGGACACGAGGAUCGGAGAACAACAGUACUGUUCGAUGUGCCAGGCUCGUGUCAGUUGCGCUGUACCCUUGCUGGGAUCUGCAGUAUCUCCAAAUGACCCUCUGCCGCAGGGUGGGACAGCGCAACCGGCAUCGUGUCUGACACUGACACCAAGCAACCGUGCUGCUGAAGAUCUUGACUCUCUAUCUCCUCUGGAGGAAUUGUUUAGCGACCUCCAGGGCGACGACUACGUCGAGCGACUCGAAGAACUGGCCGAAAGCCUUCUGCGAGAAGUUACCGCCGAGAUUCAAACAAAUCCUCAUAGACCAAAUGAACAAGUGUCCGUCAAGGAAGAUCCCGUUAAAGAAUCUGAUCAUUCAGAAGCAAUGGUGGGGCAGGCAUCAGAAAAUGUGGAAACCGAUCGAGCCGGUAGAGGCGUAGGCAAUGGCGCCGCCUACGUGUGCGACGCGUCCAGUUGGCAUCCCACGGCUGGAGCCGUUUGCGGUCCGGCGGAUGCAGCGGUGACGACGACGACGACGACGACGACACCGCCGUCACCACCGAUCAAGACCGAGGUCGAGAUCAAGCAGGAGUCCGAGCCGACGCUGGACAUGGAGACCUUGUACGGCACGUACGACAUGGCCACCAAUUCGAUCACGAUUAUCUAUCCGGGCGAGGAGAACGGCGUGGGCAUCCAGGAAUGCGUGCAGGAGGUGGUUAGCAGUAGCGCGGACAGCACCAGCAGCGCCGCCGGUCAUCUCAACCCCUCGAGCCUCCAGUCGCUCGAUUACAUGACGCAAUUCUCCCUGCACGCGUACCCGGACACCAUCUCGGACGCGAUGAACGACGUGCACUCGGACAGCGGUGCCAGCGCCUCCGCGAAGCUGGACUACUCCUCCAGCCAGUCGGACGUCGGCUACGAGUCGUACGACUCCCCGGACUCGCGUCAGUCGAACGACCUGGCCGAUCUCUGGCACGAGAGCUUCACGGAACUGUUUCCCAUGCUGGCCUGACAGUUCUCGCGCAGGCGGGCCGUCACGGCACGCCAGGCGAACGCCAGGCUGAUGUCAAAUCGCUACAACUGUGAUAUGAGGAACAUUAAUGACGCGAAAAGUGCGAUGCCGCGAGACUGAUCGUUCGUUACAUUCGUUAAACUAGAAAAAAAAGAAAGAAAAAAGGGAAAGGCCAUGUUUUAUUUAAUUACUCGAGGGGGGGGGGGGGGACUCGGAUCGCGAGUGAAAUGAGAAUCGAAUCCGUGUUUUAAUUAAACUCUCGCAUGUUUUUUUAUUAAUGUCGAGUAGUUUAGCUUCGUAAAAGCUUCGUAAAAGCUUCGUAAAAGCUUUACUCGUGGGAGUUCUUGGAUAUUGAUUCUUAUUAAAAAUAAUUAUUGUAUUCUUUCAGUGUUGUAAAUAUUUCGUGAUUAAUGAGUAAUUAACUCUUAGAGAUGUAUAUGAAAAAGAGACGAAUUGCUAUCCCGGGGGCGCGAUCUCGGCCUAUUACGGUUCUCGGAUUGGGUGAAGAUGCACGAAAGUGCACAAGUCAUCCAGUUAUAAUUUAUCUUGUCACGGGAAAAAUAUGACGAAUAGUGACGAAGAGGAACGACCGUUUUCCACAUACAUACAUAUUAUUAGAUAAUUUAAUAAUCGCGAUGUUUCUGCACUAUCGAAAAAGUACAAUUCACCCGAAAACCGCAAUAGACUCGUGGUAUAUUUAUAACUUAUUUUUGCGUUACUUAAAUUAAGGUAAAUCUCUAAAUAAAAAGAUUAAUCUUUAUUACCUGAAAUUAGAAUUUUCGUACAAGUGAUUAUGAUAAAGUAAAAUGAUAGCGAGCGCAACUUUGGUUUUCUAUGAAGCUUUCUAAGAGACAAAUACGUUUUCUAUUUUUGUUUUCUCUUUCCUUCGUUUUUCUUUCUGUUUUAUUGAUUUCAGAGAGAAGUCUUGCAUACAAAUGAUAGCGCGACACACGCUACAAUGCCGUUAGUGUAUUGAUUAGUAAGGUACCUAGCAGGUCUCUCGUGGAACCGGUUAUUCCCUGCGCGAUCGGCGCGGUCUAUCUGUAUGUUGCGCAUAACGUGCUAUUGAUAUCUGUGUCUCUACCAAAUUGUUUUUUCCUUCAUUUAUUUAUUUGAUGUAUGUGUUACGAUGUAAUGUAAAUUUUUCUGCAUCUAACCGGUGAAAUUUUACACAUACAUAGGCGUAAUUGUUAAUAUAUAUAAAAUAUUGCAUAUAUAAUUAAUUAUAUAAUUAUAUGUAUAUGUAUAUAUGCGUACAAAUAUUAUAUAUACAUACACAUAUAUACAUACAUAUAUUUAUUAUUAUACAUAUAUUGAAUUCUCGACCUUAGUCAUUGUACAGCAGACAAAUAAAUCUUUAAAGG